UAAGGACACAACACCAAACCAACAAGAAAACUGAUAACCAAUAGAGAAACCCACCCAAAGAUCUCUCCUUUUCCCCAAAAGAGAAUCAGAGAUCAAAGGCCUUCUCCGAAUUUACUAUCAGAUCUGAAGUGCAAGCUAGUUCACUGAGAAGCCACAGGCAGCACAAACCAAACCUGGUUAGUCUUGUUAAUUCUAAUUUGUUUGCUCUUUAAUGAUCAGAUUCCUUAGUAUAUUUGAUUAUUUUGUGUUAUAACGUUUCGAACAAUUCAUUUCUUCCUAUUUAUAUGGAAUUCAUGGCCCGUAGUGUUGUUUGACUAUGUUGAACUUGUAAGCUCAAUUUUGGGAUGGUUAACUUCAUUUGGAGCCAGGAAAGUUUAGACGCCUAUCAUUUUGUCGGUUCCAGUUUUGGUUGAUUCUUGUUAGGUUCGAGUUAAACUAACAAAUCCAUAAUUGGAAAUUGGAAAAUAUAGUUGAUGGAUUCUCAUCACUACCACAAAAAUCAGUACUCCAGCAUCAAUUACGUGCCAAGAGUUGUCUUGUCACUAUGUGGUGGUUUAUAAUAGAUUUGACAAACUCGAGAUUAAUCGUUCCUAAGGUUUUUGAGGGGCAAAAUAUGGUAUAAACUCUAUAACAAAGCAUAUGCUUGGGCAUACUACUGGGAUACGUGACCUGCAAAUUCCCUAUGUGGGCCAUUAGUGUUAUAAUUGUGCAUGGAAUUCUAUGGUAAAUGAUCCGAUCUUAGGUCAUGUGCCUGCUAACCUUUAAGAGUACAUUUUGGCUUUUGGUUAAUCACUGGGCUGAAACCUCCAAACAUAAGGAUAAAUCUUGAUCAAUGGCUCUAGCUUCUAAUCAUAAAUGUGAGUGUUCCGAUCAUAGUAAACUAUCUAUUUAAAAUAUACUCAACAUGUUGUACCCUUCUCAAAAAAAAUUGGUAUCACUAUUACGAAGGAGAGAACUGCAGGGAUCCAAAAAUAGCUAGUACUUUUGUAAAUAAAUGUUUUUUCUACUACAUUUCGAUAAAGGAUUCGUAGUUUCUGUUUCCUGUAAUUUGUUAUCUGCUAACAUUCUUCUUUGGAUGAAUUUCUUCCCAUUAAGAAAAUUAUGCUUGUGAAUAAACUUGUCACUCUAGUGAAAAGUAUCUGACAAUGCUUUGCCAGAUGCUGUCAUAGCAAGUUUUCCUCUUUUACAAUUACAUGUAUUGAUGCUAUAUGGUACUUUUCUUGAUAACUGGUAGUAACCAUAGUUUAUAGCCAUAUCUUAUUUUAGUCUAGCUAGUCUUAACGCUUGAAACAAAAUCCAGUCCAUCCAAGAUGACUGAUAUGAAAGGAAGUACUUCAGAAGUUAAAGAUAUUCAUUCUCUGCAUAAGGAAUGGGAUGCUAUUUCCUGCCCUAUUUGCAUGGACCAUCCACACAAUGCAGUCCUUAUCAUCUGUAGCUCCCAUCAAAAAGGCUGCAGGUCUUAUAUUUGCGACACAAGUUAUAGACACUCCAACUGCCUUGACAGAUUCAAGAAACUGAAAGCGAACAAUGUUGACAACAAUCUUUCUCAACACAGUUCUUUCUUCCAUAAUGAUUCCAACAGCAGAACAAGAAGAAACUUAGCAGAAAGUCGUGACGUGAUCUCAACAGUUAAUUUUCUUGGAGCACUGGAAGGGAAUAGUAAUAUCCAGGGAGAUCAGAGAACUGUAAAUAACGAAUCAAACUGCUUGAAAUGCCCACUUUGCCGAGGAAACGUUUUAGGUUUUAUGAUCAUAAACGAAGUAAGACAGUAUCUGGACCUGAAGCCAAGGAGCUGUUCUCGUGAAUCAUGCUCUUUCUUUGGAACCUACAGAGAGCUACGAAGACACGCACGUAGGGUUCAUCCCUUGACAAGGCCUGCUGACGUGGACCCAUCACGGCAGCGAGCUUGGCGCCAACUUGAACACCAAAGCGAAUAUGGUGAUGUUCUCAGCGCGCUUAGAUCAGAAAUGCCCGGAGCCUUUGUGCUCGGAGAUUAUGUUAUCGACACGGGAGAUAAUAUACAAGGCGAAGGCAGUGGGCAACUUUUGAAUACCUUAUUUCUACUCCCGGUGUUUGACAGCUCAGCAGGUUCACAUGAUGAACCAAGGGGCUCUUCAAGGAGUUGGAGGACUCACAGGAGAUCAUCAGGAGGGUCUCACUAUCACCGGAAUCUUUGGGGUGAGAAUCUUUUAGGUUCCCGACGUGAUGAGGACGAUGGGUACCUUGAUGAUGAUAGACCGAUACCGAGGAGGAGACGGAGGUUCAUGAGAUAUCGACCGGAUGAGGAACAACCUUGAGAGAAGGAUAAUUUCUGGUAAUUUAUAUAUGAAGUUUGUCUUUCUCAUGAAUGAUUGGCAUUUCCAUAUAUCUGUUUUUGAUUUGGUAUGGAAAUGCUGUUGAUUGUGAUCUUUGAUUUAGUUAUUGAGGCUGUUGCAGUCACUUGGGACUGGAAUUUCUGGGCAUGGUGAUGGCCUCGGUUGGAUGAUGAUGGGAUUGAAAUGUGGCAAGUAAUCCUGUGUAGAUUUAUUUAUCUUUGAAAGUAUAUAUAUGUCCUAUGUAGGCUAAAAGUGUAUUUUCAAGUCAAUGGGUUUGUUGUUAGCUGACAGUGAAGUUUCCAGUAAUUAGUAUGUUCUACUGGUGAAACAGCAAGCUGGUGGACUACCAGACUUCAUGAAGUGUACAUAUUAUGAAAUCUUUUAAAGACUUAUAUUGCAGA